AUGCGUUUCAAUUUCUGCCACGUUUCGCUUGCUUUCGUUCUCAAAUUCCUCAAUUUCCUUCAAUCCUUCGUUGGCCUUUCCAUUUUGCUCUAUUCAAUAUGGAUGUUCAAUGAAUGGGAGCACCAUCUUCCUCCCCCUCCCCUCCCUCACGCCUUCGAUUUCUAUCUCAAUUUCUAUUCCAUCAUUCUACCCGCUCCUUGGUUUAUUUACGCCUUCUUGGGAGUGGGAAUAUUGGUGUUAUGCAUUUCUUUGUUGGGUUGCAUUGCAGCUGAAAUGAUUAAUGGUUGCUGCUUGUGUUUUUACACUCUACUCAUCAUGGUACUUCUUCUGAUGGAAGGUUCUCUGGUGGGAUUCAUUGCACUUGAUAGUGAUUGGGAAAAGGAUAUUCCACUUGAUCCAACCGGUAAACUUGACGAGCUUCGAACUUUCAUUGAAGAUAAUCUAGAUAUCUGUACUUGGGUUGGCAUUGCUGUGCUUGUGGUUCAGGCAUUAUCUCUACUACUGGCAUUAAUUUUGCGAGCCACAGUUUCUACUCGGACAGCUGAUUUUGAUUAUGAGGAUGAAUAUGAUGCUAGGGGUAGAAAUUGGGAGCCUCUACUGAAUCCUCAAUCUGGCCAACCAUCUGGGUCUAGCAAAGGUGACAAUAGAGGAAAUCACUCGGAUAUUUGGAGCUCACGGAUGAGAGAGAAGUACGGAUUGAACCAUGGUGAUAAGAGCAGCUGCCAACCAUGA